AUGCUUAGCAUUCUGAAGUGGAUUACCAUUCGGGAUGAAUUCAUGGAAGCACUAAGUGAUCCAUACAACGGGAUCACAUGGAUUGAGAAAACUAAGCUACGGCGACAUAGUCGUGAAGCUCUCGGAAAGUGGGUUCUGUCGCAGAUGGCGCGUGCUAAGGUUAAGGAUACACCUGGCGGCUUUUUCUCGUUUAUUGUAGAACCGGCGUCUCAUUCGAAUGAUGAAGGGGUCUAUGACAAGUGUAUCCCAAAGGCUCCUUCAGCUCUUUAUCACGAACAGCUAAUCCGCGAUUUGUCUUUAAAGAGCGAUGGUGCACACAACCUCGCGGUAGUCGGGAGAAUAAGGUUACUACUGAAAGAGUUCGGCCUAUAUGAGCGAUGUUUUGCAGCUUACAAGUCAGUGCAAGAGGAAUUAUCAGGGGUUGAUGUUCGUUCUUCAGAUAUCUAUACCCCAGAUUUCCGGAAAGUGAGCGAAGACAGCAAUUUACGAACUAAUUUUCAAAAGCGCAUCCAAGGUCCGGUCGCGCAAAUAAAUGUUCUGAGGCCAAGGGGUUCGUACACGAGGAGAGGAUACCCUCCCUGCCCAUCGGCAUCAAUCCCAUGGGGUAUGUGGGUCAAGCUUUCUCGCUGCUAUGAAGCAUUUGGAGCCGCUUUCGACAUGCAGUUCUUCUCAUCUUUUUCGCGAGAUCAGUGUUUCACGUACCGCGCCGCAACGGUUACGCUGCGGUACGAAGUUGGGCUUGCGACCGGCUCACUACAGCUAUGUGCGGACGUUUCGCUUAAACAGCAUCUUCAUGCCCGAGGCUACCACGUCGUCGAUCUCUGUGCAUCACCCAUCAAUGCUUAUAUGGAUAUGCCUCAUCUGGGGUCGUUCACCAAGAAGGUUGGUUCGUCGUCUGAUACUACAGUGCCUGCACUCAGUUCAGAAUGUCAUAUCAAUAACAAUGAUAAGAAGAACGUCAUCCUGCCGAAUCGCUUCUGCUCAGCUUUUUAUGAUACGGAUUGCUACUUUGGAAGCAUUGGGAACGCGCUCCAUGUGGACCCAGUCUCCUUGUAUGAUUUGUGUUCGGAAGUAAAUUCACCGCAGAAGCCCCUACUUCUGACAUUAGAUGUACCUUAUGACGAGGAUAUCUGCGAGCUACUUUUUCUAAAGUUAGCCAAAGACAUGGAAAAUACGGGGGAGUUAGAGAGAAGUAAAUUAGCGGUGGACUAUUUGCUAGUUAUCCCACUUUGGUGGGAUGUGCCCAUGCCAAUCAAAAAGCACAUCUUUGUUGAUGACGCUUCAGAAUUGACAAAGGUGGAUGACUCGGUGGCCUCCGAGAUGCAUCAAAAGUUACUCGGUAAGGUUCUUCAAAAGCAUUCCGCGGUGCUCGAGCAGGGGUACCGGGUUACGCAAAACUGGACGGAGGUCCUUGGGGUCGCUGCACGGGGUGUUUCCCAAAGUUCUACGCCAGACAAAGACGCCAUGUGGGCUGUGUUCGAUGGCGUCUUUAUUGGGAAUACCUAUCCGUACUUCUGCACCUCCACUAACCGCCAGUUGCUCGGGGUAACCACGACUGAGGUAAUCGGGCUGAGGCAACCCAGGACGCCCGAAAAAGGGGGUUUGCUAUUAAAAGAGGUGUUACAUGAGUUCUACAAUAUUUAG